AUGGAUAUAUCUUUAAAAUCUGCCUUGUUUUGUUGUGUUUUGUUUGCUGUUUGUGUUUCAUCCUAUGGCCAGAAUUGCGGUAGCUAUAGUUUUACAAGCAAUAAACAAUAUAGCUUAUGCAGUGAUCUACCUGUAUUGAAUUCAUCUCUCCACUGGAAUUAUGAUUCAGCUACUACUACAGUUGAUCUUGCAUUUCGUCAUACUGGAACUACUUCAUCGCAAUGGGUAGCUUGGGCCCUGAACCCUUCUGGACAAUUCAUGGGAGGGUCUCAGUGCCUUGUGGCUUUGCAAACUUCCGCCGGUGUUCGUCCUUACACCGCACCGAUAGGUGCCUCCGAAUCGAUCCCACAGUUGACAGAGGCUACUUUGGCCUUCGGAGUUUCAAACCUUUCAGCUACUUUGGAGGGUGGUGAAAUGAUAAUCUUUGCCAAACUGCAACUUACUAGUCAAUUUUUAUCAACCAACCAGCUUUGGCAAGUAGGUCCGAUGAAUGGAGAUAGCCCUGGUACGCAUCCCACAAGUGGAGAUAAUGUAAGAUCAGUUUCAACCAUUAAUUUCGCCAGUGGUGAGACUACAGCUGGUGGAAACUGA